AUGAUUAAUAUAGCAAAGUGCAGACUUCCUAAGUACAGUCGAAUAGCCACACUCUCCUCAAUGCUUUCACCCCAUUCCUAUCUGAAAGCAACCGUAGCGACGCGUUGCUACUCCUCUCUAAACAAUGAGAUUGACUUGGAAAGGCAAAAGCGAAAAACUAACAUUGGGACAAUGAUACAGUAUCUAGAGACAAAAGUUCCCAACUUAUUGCAUGAAACAAUUGAUCGAGAAUUGCUUGACGAGAAGAUCAAACUAAGGAUUCUACCAAACUCCUUUCAUUUUUUCCCAACCAUUCAAGGGCCAGUAAAAUAUAUAUCCUUAUGGGAAACAGUAACCUCAUUCCUCACAAGGUUCAUCAUUGAGAAGAAGAAUACAAAACUGGUAAUUACAAACAUUUGUGUCAACGAGAAAAAUCCUGACGGCGAUAAGUCCUCAGAUUCAAGUUCGGAUUCCAAAAAUGACUCCAUUGAUGCUUAUGGCCUUUACGGAUCCACUUCCAAGAUCGUCAUAAGAUUCAAGUCUGACAAUAAAGACAAGUUCAUUACAGGUAUAUUCGUUUUCGAGUUGAAUAGAGACAACGAUAGAAUUUUGGUUCACACCAUAGACAAUGUGGAAAUAGUAAACGAUAAGAAAGUAGACAUGUUACUGGCGAUGGACUGA